AGCUUCCAGGCUUCAGAAGCUGCGGCCGCAGCACCGCCUCCUACCCGGGGCCUGGUUCCAGCCUCUCUGGCCCGGCGCACUGGACAUGGAGCUCCGAGCAGCGCAUCCUGAGCCCCCGGCGCGCUCCAACCUACUCGUUCGGUUAGCGCCCAGCUUGGGGAGGGGACGGUGGAAGCUAGCCGGGUGAAAACCCCACAUCCUGCCCGCCCCAGGCCUCUCCAUCACCCCGCGGUAGAGAGUUGGGAUGGAUGGGGACGAUGUUCUUCUGGCUCCUGGCUUUCUUUGCCUGCCUCCGACCGAAUGGAUGACCUUGAGCCGAGAGCGCCUCCUCUUUGCCUCUCCUUCCCCAUCUGCACAAUGGGGAUUGGUUUGGCAAGGUCUCUGAACUCACAGCCUUUAGGAUGGGACACAUUGUCACAUGCUUGGAGACUUUAAGGCUUUUGGUUCCUGGGCCCGUUUUUCUUGACCUGGAUCUGUCUCUUCCCUUGCCUCAGUUUCUCUCAUAUCCUGGGACCAGCUUCCAGCCUUUCUCAUCCCAAGCUCUGGAGACAGCAGCCUCCAGACUGCUGAGAGCAGAGACAGCAUGAAGGCCCGGGGACGCCUUCUGCUCCUCACACUGUGCAUCUUGACACUCUCUGCUGUCUGUGUCUUCCUGUGCUGCUGGGCCUGCCUGCCGCUCUGCCUGGCAACCUGCCUGGACCGCCACCUCCCUGCGGCCCCGAGAUCCACUGUGCCAGGGCCCCUGCACUUCAGUGGCUACAGCAGCGUGCCAGAUGGGAAGCCUCUUAUCCGAGAACUGUGCCACAGCUGUGCGGUGGUGUCCAGCUCUGGCCAGAUGCUGGGUUCAGGCCUGGGUGCCCAGAUCGAUGGCGCAGAGUGCGUGCUACGCAUGAACCAGGCACCCACUGUGGGCUUUGAGGAGGACGUGGGCCACCGCAGCACUCUGCGCGUGAUCUCGCACACGAGUGUGCCAUUGCUUCUACGCAACUACUCACACUAUUUCCAGCAUGCCCGAGACACGCUCUACGUGGUGUGGGGCCAGGGCAGGCACAUGGACCGGAUGCUGGGCGGCCGCACCUACCGCACGUUGCUGCAGCUCACCAGAAUGUAUCCAGGCCUGCAAGUAUACACCUUCACUGAACGCAUGAUGGCCUACUGUGACCAGAUCUUCCAAGAUGAGACAGGCAAGAACAGGAGACAAUCAGGCUCCUUCCUCAGCACCGGUUGGUUCACCAUGAUUCUGGCCCUGGAGCUGUGCGAGGAGAUUGUGGUCUACGGGAUGGUCAGCGAUAGUUACUGCAGUGAGAAGAGUCCCCGCUCCGUGCCCUACCACUACUUCGAGAAGGGCCGGCUAGAUGAGUGUCAGAUGUACCGUUUGCACGAGCAGGCUCCGAGGAGCGCCCAUCGCUUCAUCACCGAGAAGGCUGUGUUCUCCCGCUGGGCCAAGAAGCGGCCCAUCGUGUUCGCCCACCCGUCCUGGAGGGCCAAGUAGUUCCUGUUGCCAGUGACUGCCAGGCCUCAGCCAGGCCUGUGACCCAUUCCAGGCCAACACGGCUCUAAUAUGAGCAUUUAUGACUUUCACCUUCUACCUGAAACCAGGUAGAACACGAACGAGGUCUCUAUUACCCAACACUGGGUACACUCGGAGGAACCUCGGGCCUUGUGACUUGAAGAGGAGUCGAGAAGAUGCCAUUUAUACCACCCCUCCUUCCAGAAGAAUCCACAUCUUCAUCUUGGGGUUUCUCCCACUGCCAGGUUGUUUAAGUGGCCUUUGCCCUGGGUCGGUCAAUGAUCCCACCUCACCAGCAUUACGGCUUUAUACCAGUCUUGAUCCUUGCCUCUACCUGGCUACAGCCACACGGUGCCACAUUCUCAGGCUGAUGGUCCUGGUUGGUACACCCUGGAACUUGGGAUUUGAUGGGUGUGAGGAUCUUUGAGCCUCAGCCUCCCAGAAUUGACUGUCUCAGGGGUGUGCCGGUAAAGGUGGAUUUUCUGGACACUGUGUCUCUGUGGUAACGGAUGUGGGAUGGGGGUCAGUUAGGACAAGGCCUGUAGCCGAUUCCCUGGAGGGCUGACUGAGCCCUCCAUCCCUUCUCUAGGCCCACAGCUGUCUGCUCUUCCCGCGUUGUCUGGACAUCACCCUAUAGUCUCCUGCCCCAGCAUCCCACAAGCCUGGCCUUCUGAUGGUCUGACCACAGGACUGUGCUGGCCCAGGACAGGCACCCUGCCCUCAAUCAACAGGCACAGACCGGGGCCUGGGAGGACUCUGGGUGAGAAAGAAAUUCCACCCAACACCACUUUCCUGCCCCAUGAGUCAGAUUCCAAAGUCUUUGCCAGUCAGGCUGUCUCUCAACUGUGGGAUAUGAUUCCUUUGUAAAACAGAAGGCAGAACGCAGCUCAGGGUGGGUGCUGACCAGAAAGGAGUGGUCUCAGGGCCAGCCCUUUCUCUGAGUUUUGCUUUUCAGCACUAAAACACAGCCACCAUCUUGCUGUUAAGGAGGGUGUGAGACCACCCUGAGGAGGGAGCUGGUGCUCAUUACAGAUGAUGUAGCCCAGGCUAGCUUUCAUGAGAUGGCUGAACUAGGAAGCUGUCAGCCUUAAGAGCUCACCACCCAGGCUUUGCCUCCUUCCCCCUUUGGGAGACUGAUGAAUGGCACCCUGGGCUUUAGCUCUCAGCUUCAAAGUCUGGGACCCUCUGGGUGUAACCUGUGGUCCCCAGAGCCUUGUGCUUAGUUUAAUCUCUCCUGCUACACACUUGAAAUUCCUUAUUUUAGGUCUUGGUUUGAAACAAGGAACCUCUCAGUUUCCUUACCGGAUCCCACAAAUGACAGAACCCGUCAUGCUAAGGACUCUGAUGGCCUAGCCCACUCCCCCUCCUACCCAUUUUCCCAGGAGUGACUAGAGACCUGGCACCUGGCCCACAACACUGCCCUUGUCCCUGACCAGUGCCAGGUGGACCGGAAGCCUCAUAUGUAGGAGGGGAAGCAGGGAGAGAAAUCUCAGAGCCUGGGUUGCAGGCGGGAAGCCAAACCAUUUCCACAGGCCUGGAGGGGCUGAGGAGCUGAGUGUAGGGACAGGGCAUGAGUGGGUAGUGGGUAAGACUGAGGGUCCUGGCAGCAGGCCUGACCCCCCAGGCAAUAAAGACAGUAGAG